AUUUACGCUUUUUCACCAAUUCUGUAAAGACAAAAUUCGCGUACGCACAAGUUUCUGCAUCAUUUUCAAUCGAUUCUCCGGCUCAAAUUCAUUUCGCUCUUAUGGUGAUUGCGUUCAACCUCAAAACUCCGUAAUAAUUUGCUUCCAAUUGGAAUGAAAAUUAAGCAGCAAAUAUGAGAUCCGACAAAGUAAAACAACAAUGGACGAGAGAAGAAAAAUCUUGGAAAAUGGGAAUUAAAAAAUCGACAGUCUUUGGUUUCCUGUUGUUCAUCGUCGCUUGCAAUGCCGUGGAUGCCAACGGCACGUGUACGUCAGAAGCAUGCUCUUGGACAGCUUCAACGAUCCAAGAAAAGAUGCAGUCAAGGGUCGAGCCCUGUAGAGAUUUUUACCAAUUCGUCUGCGGUCGUUUUCUGGAAUCUGCCGAAAUACCCGUGAAUCAAAAUUCGCUAACGUAUGGGCACACUCUGAUGAACGAUGUACGUGAAAAAUUGACGCUGACGCUCGCCACAGAAGUCGCGUCCGAUGAACCAACGUUUUACAAGCUUGCCACGAAGUUGUACAAAAGUUGCAUGAAUCCAGUUUCUUCGGGGCCCCGAGGGCUCCAAGCCUUCAAGCUAUUUCUGAACGAGUUCGGUGGUUGGCCAGUGCUCGAAGGUCGAGCAUGGAACGCCAGUAAUUUCGAUUGGAGGAAACCGUUUCAUAAAUUUCACAGAAACAGCAAGUACGACGAGUGGAUCAUCGAGGAUGGCAUCGGGCACUUGAUCGGCUGUAACGUCACCAUCGAUCAAAGUACUGGUCAGCGAAUAAUUCAGUUGACCACCCCUCAUGGUUGGUUUGCAGGAGGUUGGACCUUGGCUAGUUUGGACAUCCCAAGAUCAGUUCUCACCAAAUAUUACAAUUUGGUGGUGGAUUUGGCAGUGGAACUUGGCGCUGAUAAAAAUGAAACUUUGAUGGAGCUACGAGAAAUGAUAAAAUUCGAGAUCGAUCUAGCGAAAAUCAAAAAGUCCGAUCAAGAGGUGAAGCUGCAUGCUAGAGAGACUAUCGGGGAAUUCGGCCGCCGAUAUCGCAGUGUACCGUGGAUGGAGUACAUCACACAAAGUUUGCCAUCUGACAUGAGCGUAACCCCGGACGAAAUAAUUUUGGUAGACGAUCCCGAGUACUACGUCAAACUCGAGGCGCUCAUGUGCAAAACUUCAAAAAGGGUGCAAGCAAAUUACGUUUUAUCUAAGAUUGCUAUCCGAAACGCAGUUUACUCGAGUGAAAAACUGCGUAAAAAAGUGUACGAAUAUUUGUCGCUCAAGCGGGACGUUUCGUUGGAUCGUAACCGAACGAAAUGGUGCACGAACCAAUUAAUGACGAACCUCGAUCUGGCUAUCUCAGGAGUUUAUGCGAGAAAAUACACCGAUGAAGAGUCACGAAAUAAUGUGAUCGAAAUGGCGAAGACAAUCAAUGAAAUGGCGUCCGAAAAAUGGUCGCAGGGCGAAUGGUUGGACAACAAAACGAAGACCACCGGAAUCGAGAAAUCAAAGAGACUGACUCUUCACAUCGGUUAUCCGGACGAGUUGAUGAACGAUACAAAACUUGAAAAGUAUCACGAAAGCCUGAAGUUUGACGAGGAGAAUUUUUUCGAAAACAUGAAAAAAUUGUCGGCUUUCGAUCUCGAUAAACAUUACAAAUUACUGAGAGAGCCCAUCACCGAGGACGACUCGAUAUUGCGCAUUCCUACUACUCUGAUCGACGUCUUAUAUAUGACAAAGUAUCACAGUAUUGUUAUGUACGACGGAAUUCUCCGUGGCUUGUACUACGACAAGAAACGCCCGAAUUACAUGAACUACGGGACGAUCGGCACCAGGAUUGGGAAUGGGAUCACGCAUGGCUUAUUCAACGACGGACGAUAUUUCGACGUGGAUGGCAAAGGACGUUAUUGGUGGAAAAACACGGCUACUAUUAAUUUUCGAGAACGAUCUGGGUGCAUAAGUCAACAUUUCAAAAUUUAUUUUAAAGAGGAAUUUGGUUUAGAAAUUGACAACGACGAUAAUCUGCCACGAAACAUUCGUGAGCUCGGAGGCGUCAAGUUGACUUACGCCGCGUACAAAAAGUGGGUUGCGAAACACUCAGAGGAAGAAAAAAUGACGGGAUUCGAGGGCUACUCGCCUGAAAAAAUGUUCUGGAUAAGCUUCGCUAGCACUCAGUGCGCAUUGUAUGAAGAAGAAAUUCCGCAAAGGCUUUUGUAUUGGUUUAAAAAAGCCUUUAGUAAGUACCGAGUCAACGGUGUGCUAAUGAAUUUGCAAGAAUUCUCUGAUGAUUUCGGAUGUACGAAUUUUGAUCGAAUGAAUCCCCGGAGAAAGUGUAAAGUUUGGUAGAUUCGAGAAUAGUAGUUGAAACGUCAUGAACGAAUGACAUUGGACAAUCCGAGUGAAUUUCUCUUUCAACGAAAUAAAUAAAACGCUAACCAGUUAAAUAUU